AUGGCUGAUAAAGUCCCUGUUACGGUUCGUACGCGCAAGUUCCUACGCAACAGUUUGCUAGCCCGUCGCCAAAUGGUGGUGGAGGUGAUUCAUCCAGGUCGCCCGAAUGUACCCAAGGCUGAACUUCAGGAGAAGAUCUCUAAGAUGUACAAGGUAAAGGACCCGAAUACGGUGUUUUUGUACGGGUUUCGCACACAAUUUGGUGGUGGCAAGAGCUCUGGCUUUGGUCUUGUGUACGAUACGGUAAACGACGCGAAACGUUAUGAGCCCAAGUACCGUCUGAUCCGUCAAGGUCUUGUUGAGAAGGUCGAGACGUCGCGGAAGCAGAUUAAGGAAGCCAAGAACCGUGCCAAGAAAAUUCGCGGUGUUGGUCGUCGUAUUGCUCGCCACAAGGCUGCCAAGGCCAACAAGUAG